UGUUAGUACAUAUGGUCAGAUAAUUUUUUUUGUUUACAUUUUAAUUUAGAGGAAAAUUUAGUCUUGUUUACUUAAUUUUAAAUUGUUAAAAUAGUUUUUUUUGUUAAUUUAAUUAAAAAUGUCGAAUUUCGAUUAUCUUUCUUACAAAGGUAAUGCGAUUUUCCGCGAUCAACCUAAUCAUUCAUAUUUCGAUAAGCCAUUUGACGAUGAACAAGACUGUUUAUUUCAAGCACUGCAUGAAAUAGAUUCACAUUUCCUGAAACCUGAACAAAAGGCACAAACUCUUAAUAUUAACAGUGAAACGGUAAUAGAUCCUCGCACACAGAAACCUAUAAACCAGCUUUGUUAUGAUCAUACGCAAGAAGAAGCUACACAAAAGUUCCAUUCGCCUAAAAGAUCAAUGAUGACAGAAAAACAACAUGAAUUAGGAGUAAAAGUAUUAAAUGCCCUGCAACAGUGUUUGGAAGUGGAAGAGGAGGAUAUGUUUAAUUGGUAUAGAUUGCAAAAAAUCCGAGUUAAUGAAAAGGAAUAUUUUCAAAGGUAUGUUUUUGAAUUAAGUCAAGGUAACAAAGAGCAAAUGUAUGCCCCUUGUCGUAAACUUCUAGAAUUAUAUCAAAAGUGGUAUAAACAAAAAGUAUUUAAACUAAUGAAGAGAUAUCCUCCUGAGUCCUAUAAUACCCACUUGGGCUUACCUCAAGUGAGACAGUGUAAAAAUGUUUUAAGUGAUCAACAAGUAGAAAUAAUACAACCAGAAAUUGUUACUAAACUUGGAGCAGAAUGUCGAUGGCAGGACGAUACAAAACAGGAAAUAAAAAAGUUUACAUAUUCUAUUGGCUCAUAUGCGGAAAUUUAUAUAAAUUCUGAAGAUUUAAAAGAAACUUUGGAGGAUAAAUUAAAAACUCAAUUUGAAAAGUUGCUCGAAGAUGAAAUAGAAGAAAAUGCUGUAUUUUAUAUGCCUUUGGAAUCUUUGUUAUUUAUGGUGGCAGCGGGGGAUUAUGUAGAUAUACCAACGGAAAUGUUGUUAAAUAUUAGAGAAAGUGAAAAUGGUGAAGGAGUUACAAAAAGGUAUAUAAUAAUGGAGCAACCCCUACCCUCCCGGCAGGCUGGUUGGCAUACAUAUCAACAAGUAGUGGAACAAGCUAUUAAAGGCAUGUUGUCCGUUAAACAAUUAGAUACCCAAGAAGAGGACAACUUGCCAACUAUGGAGGGUAGGGACAACUCAACUGAAUAUAGAGUUUCAACCAUAGAAGAUUUUAUGCAAAAAUCCCCACCGAUAGCCAAUAAACUUUGUAAAUUUUCAAAAACUUUAAUCAAAUGGCAAUUGGGUACUUUAGAAGAUAUUGCACCUUUCAAAAUUUUCACUUCUCUGGAAUCUUUUGCGGAAAAUAAAGAUUUUUCUAUAAAACUAGAAUUUAAACCAAAAUUUGGUUGUGAAAUAUUCACAAAAUAUGAUUUACUUAAGGAAUGGUUUAAACUUAAGCUAUUGCAAAAGUCAGGAACUAAUUGCCUACGUUUGGACACGACAAAUUAUCAAACUUUACUGGAAGAAUCCUUAAGCAUCAGAAAAUUGGAAGAAUAUUUAUCAGUUUAUCACAUAAGUUGCCAACAAUUGCUAAACAAUCUCUAUGAAUUUCUAAAAAUGUUGUACAACAUGCCCUUGGGUCAUUAUAUGUUGCGUUACAAUCCCAAAUUUAAGGACAAACUAAUGUUGUGUAAACCUUCCCAAGAAAUUACACAAAACACUAUAAAACUAUACCAACUAUUGCAGACGGAUGUGACGGAUUUGCAAUUUAUGACGGAUCAGAGUUUUUUGUUAAUAGAUGAAAAUCUUUGCAGUUUAAUGCAUUUGCAACAUAGGAUAUUACCGGCAGCAUUUUGUCCUCGUACACAGCCUAAGAAAAACAUUAGUAGCGGGAAAGGUUAUGUGCCAAAGCAGAAAACCAUAGUAAAACAACCAGCCAAAGAACCAAAGAAACCUAUAAAGAACAAAACCCAAAUGAAGAGAGCUAGAAGAAGACAGCGCAUGUUUGCAGAAAUAAAAGCCAAAAAGGAUGAAAUGAAAGAAUUGAGACAGGAAAUGGAAUUAGAUCAUAAAAUGUUAGAUAUGUAAUUAAAAAUAUGCAUCUGAAUAGGUUUUAAUACAAAUUUUAAUAAAAAGGAUAAU